AUGAAGAUGGAUGUUACAUUAUCGAUACCGUCGGCGUUCAGGACACGACAACGCCCAAAGACUGCACAGGCAAAAGCACAGACCUCUUCCACUGCAGCCUCAGGUUCGGGUCCUUCGCGUCCUCGUCAAUCGGGACGAGGUUUAGCAGGGGGGCUUGGUGCAGGUCUCAGUGCUCUGGGAGGCGGUCCAGGUGGCCCGUCUGCAAUCCUCCCAGUCCCAACCAACGUACGCAACUCGUCGACCUCCACACUUCCAGUCUACCCGUCGAACCCGAGGCCUCCGAGCUCUACACCUGCCCUCCCGACUACUUCAGACUUUCCUACCCCCGACUCUGACUCUGUCAAGGUCACCAUCAUCCGGAGAUCGAACACUCAAAAGGGUGUACGCUUCCAAGACCCUUCCUCGUCGACACCCGCCCUCACCCAGUACACCGACCCCGUCGAGCCGGUCGACCCGCCCUCGUACCUCGAGACACCAGACUCGACUCCGACCGCACCACUUGCGAACCGACGACACUCGACGACGUUCAUCGAGGAGUCCAGCAGACGCAUCAGCGCGACUCCACCGGCGUUAGCGAUCAAGCAGCUCAGACUAGCCUUCCAGGACACGCCACCGAUGUUGCGAACGCUCGAAGACGGAUGGCGGGCACGCCGAUCACGGACGCUCGACGUUUCAACGACAUCUGUUGACAAGCCGCUCAAGUCUACGAAAAGUCUGCUGCGUCGGGCCAAGACGCCCGAGUCCAAAGUCGACCCGUACCUGCUGGAACAGGCUGAGCUGGCUCGACGGCGCAUGCCCGAGCCGGCGCACCGUUCUGCGUCAGGAACACACAUCGCACCCCAGAGUAAGGCUGACCAGAGUGCGAACCACUUGGGACGCCACUCCAUGAUCGUGGAUUCCAACGCUAUGACACGACCACCCCAUCUCCCUCUGACGCCACCGACCUCGCCGCCGCCACUGCCCACCAUUUCCACGGUUACGGCUGAUGGACCUGCACACUACGCUCAGGCUCAGGUCCACCAGCCGCAGGCACCAUCAUACCCUCCCCCUCAUGUGCCCGAGUCCAUCAACACGCAGGGUACGACCGACACUGCUCCCCCGAGUCCGACGUCAAUUACGGCUCAGCUCAAGCCGAUCUCGACAAGCUGUCUUCCACCGACGAAACAUGCCGUCCCGCUGCACAAGAAGUCGGCGGCCAAGAUCACCGUGCACAACAUCUCCCACCCUGUGUCGCUCACCCUUGGAUUCCAGGGCACGACUGUUCGGGUGAACAAAGCUGGAGACGAGAUUGCCAUUUCAAGUGGUCCCGAGAAGCAGCGCACCCGCACGAUCCUUCGGCUCGCCGAUUCCGAGGACUGGGGAGAGGAGGAAUGCCAGUACUGGCUCCGGCUUCUGAGCCUCGUCGACGAGUACAAGCGAAGGACACCGAAGCUCAAGGUGUUCACGGAGAUGGGCGAUCUGACCAUAUCGUGCUCGGACCAGCCGGACGUGAUCUUAGUGUACUCGAUCGAGUCAAAUCACUUACAGCUGGACAACUUAGAGAUCGUGCCCAACUCGAUGACCAAGGUGCGCAUCCGGUACAGCAACCCGAAGGAGUUUGAGAUCGAGACGUCGUCCAAGACCAAGGACGGCGGCCGGUUAAAGACGCGACGCAUCGGCCCGCUUACGAAGAACUCGGCGACGCACACCGAGGGCGACUUCGAGUUAUUCUGGCAGGCGACGUUAUUAGGCAUCGUCAUUGGGCAGGACUGGAACGAGGUCGAGAAGGAGGCCGUGAAGCGCCUGUACGCGCUACGCAAGGAGUGGGUGCGAAGCGUGCGCAUUGAGGACGAGGACGACUAG